AAUUUAUUUCACACUAUGAAGAACUCACUCGGGUUAUUUUGCAUUUUUAGUGGAUUUACUAUUGCCAAUUCACUAUCUUGGAGCAGUACAUAUAAUUUAAAAGCAGUGCUGCGAAUUCCAUCGGCUAACAUCGUAGAGCCCUAUCAAAUAUGGACUGAUGGGGAGACGGGUAAUUCUAGAAUAGAUUUUUAUGACGGCCUGGAUAAAAUGUACCGACUGAGAAAACCAUGCGGUUCGUUCCAGUAUUACAAGAUACACCCUGUAAGUUUCGAAAACGGUCAGAGCAAAAAUGUUUGCAAAAUAUAUGACUCAACCGACAACGUUGUCAAAGUUAUAAAAAGAUACAAUUACUUGCCCGGACCCGAACAGAAGUUUAAUCUUGUUGAUUUUGAAUACAUUGACAAUGUGGACACAACUAAAUGGCAAUACUCGGCCGGACACGAAAGUGAUGGACUCAAAUUUAAUUACACGUACACAGUUUGGGUUAAAUCUGAAAAUUACUUAAGCGUUCCUGUCAGAUUUGAUUUCAGUAUGAAGGUAGAUAAUUCAGAAAUGGAUUAUUUCCGCCACGAUUACACUUACUUCGACACCAGUAAACCUGAUCCUAAAAUAUUUCAAAUUCCUAACUCUAGCAACUGCAAGAUUCAGGACACUUCUAUACACGAACCAGUCGAUCCUCUAAUUGAGUUUGUGAAUCCUACAAUAGAACAUGAAAGGAUCAACAAUGCGUAUGACAGUUUUAAACUGGAAUACAAGAAAUAUUACAAUGACAGCGAACACCGAAUGAGACGGCAGUUCUUCAAAAAUAAUUUGAGGUUAAUCAAUUCAGUAAAUCGUCAACAUAAAUCAUAUACCUUGGCUUUGAAUCAGCUCGCUGACUUGAGUGAUUCCGAGUUAUUGACGCUUGGUAGAUUGCGUGUCACUCCUACUAACGAUAGCCAAUAUUUUGAUGAUAAUGACGUCAGUGAUAGUGUCAAGUCAUUUGAUUGGAGAGAAUUUAAUGCCAUCAGUCCAAUUAAAGACCAAACCUUCCUAUGUGGGUCUUGCUAUGCGUUCACAUCUGCUGCAGCCAUCGAGUCCACUUUUUACAUCCAUAACGGGUGUAAAGGUCAAGUCAAGGAAAUUAGCGAACAAGCGAUAAUUGACUGCACUUGGACUAGUGACGAAAACAUAGGCAAUUCAGGCUGUGACAGUGGAGAUUUAUACUAUACAUUUUCUUAUAUCAAAAAGUUUGGUGUUCCUACCAGGGACUCCUAUGGGCCGUACCUAGCUAUGGAAGGCGUGUGCCAAAUAAAUGCAGGGAAAAAAAUUAAAAUCAGCGAUUUUACAAAAAUACCCAAGAACAAAGGAAAGAUACAGAAAGCUUUAAUAAAAAACGGACCCCUCGCCAUAGCUCUGAACGGAAGACCAAAAACAUUCAUCUUUUAUUCUAAAGGAGUUUAUGAUAACGCUAAUUGCGCAAACGAAAACACAGAUCUAACGCACGGUGUGACUCUCGUUGGAUUUGGUGAAGAAUCAGGGAAAGAAUACUGGAUUCUGAAGAACUCGUACGGCGUCAAAUGGGGGGAGAAAGGGUUCAUGAGAAUAGCCUCCCACUCCAACAUCUGUGGCGUCAUGAAUUUAGUAUUCAGCGUGCAGUUUAGUAGAAAAAAUAAAAUAAAUAAGUGCUUUCUUAAGAAAUACUCUGAUGGAAGAUCAGUUUUAGGCGUAUAG